AAGACUUUUAAUUUGAAAUAACAACACAUUACACAAGUUAAUUUAUUAAAUUAAAUCUGAUAUCUAGUUAAGUUUAAAUAAAUUUUGCACAACCAAAGAAGAACGUACAUUUGCACGAUCCUGUGUUUACUCUAAUGAAGAUUUGCUUCACGCUUCUUGGAUGUAAAUAACGCACCUUCUGUUCCAGCAUGCAUCCUGCUAUUAAUCAGACAACAAAACAGUUCAAGCUGGAUCAAUAAGAGUACAAGUAGAAGAUAACGCAUUUCAUUUUGAUUAGGGGAAAGUGACCAUGGAGCCUGCGAGUCUGGAGAAUCUGUGUGUUUUGUACCACAGUGCAAACUAUAUUGUUGUUAACAAACACUGGGACAUCCGUAUUGACAGUAAAAUGUGGUAUGAGAAGCAGACUGUCCAGAGUCAACUAAAGCAUCACUUCCCAGAGCUUGCAGAUCCUGGCACCUACUAUGGCUUCAGGUUUUGUCAUCAGCUGGAUUUCUCCACAAGUGGAGCUUUGUGUGUGGCACUGAACAAGGCUGCAGCAGGGCAGGCAUACCGCUGUUUUAAAGGGCGACUGGUUACCAAAGCUUAUAUUGCAUUGGUUCGUGGCACUGUGGCGGAGGAAAGAAUGACCCUGGAGUUUGCAAUCGGCAAGAACACAACUGAGGGCAAGACCCAUAUGAUGUGCAUUGAAGGAGCAGAAGGAUGUGAAAAUCCAAAGCCCUGCCAGACAAAACUUACCGUUUUAGAGCAUGGAUCAUAUGAAGGAGAUCCGGUCACAAAAGUGCUUUUACAGCCUAUGACAGGACGGACGCACCAGCUCCGAGUCCACUGUAGUGCUAUUGGUCACCCUAUAGUGGGAGACUACACCUACAGUCUACGCACAGACAACACUCCUUAUCGCAUGAUGCUGCAUGCAUAUUUCCUGCAUAUUCCACUAGAGAAUGAACCAAUUCAAGUCAUAGCCCCAGAUCCUUUUCUGCCCAGCCUCGACUCCAAAUGGGCUCCACAAAGAUGUGUGAACACUUCCGAUGGUUUACUUGAGGUUAUUUUAACAGAGGCAAAAGCUGAGAUGAAACAGAGCCAAGAGGAACCAAAGACAAUGCACAAGAGGAGCAGCCCAGUGGAGAGUGAGGAACAUGCGGCUCAGUGUCAGCAGUGGCUAAGUGAAUGGAAUCUGGACUGAUGCACUUGAGAAACUGAAUUCUGGUUUAUCAGAACUACUGAUGAUACACCACAAUGAUUUUUCAUCUCCACAAACUAAAACUCGUGAUAUUUGCCUCCUACUUAUAAAGGCAGCUUGCCAGUGCUUCUCAAAAACAGUAUUUGGACAGAAAUGAGGCAAUGUGUACAAUUGCUAAUUGAAAGAAAAUGUACCUUUUAUGGUUCAAAGUUUUAUGCUUUUAAAUCAAAAAAUCUUAAAUUAUGUUUUUAAAUAUGUUUUAUCUGUUUUUGUUAUAGUUUAUGGAAGUAAAUCAUAAAGGAUUUAGUGCCUUUGAAGGAGCCUAGAGGUACAUCCUUUUUUUUUUAGGUCCCUUUAUAUAAUCCUUAUAAUUGAAUUAUAAUAUUGAAUUGUAUGCAACACAGUAGAAUAUAAAUUCUUUGCAUCAUCAAACUACUGUGGUCCAAACAGUCCCUACCUCAAAAAAAU